AACUUCAUUCGUUUGACAGCCAUUGAGAAAUGUCAUAUUCGCUAGAACCUCGAAAAUUCUAUUUAUACAAAGCGAGUUUCAGUGUUAAAAUGCGUUGGCUGAAGUCAUCUUGAUUGUUGAUAAAAUAUGAAGUAAUUAUUAAGUUUUAGUAACCAUAAUGAAGCCCAGUGCUAAAAUGUACAAGUUUUAUUACAACCACUAUCACAAAAGCCGGCGCACGGAUAGGUCAAGAAAAUAAAUGGCAGUGUAGUCUAGUUUAAUCAAUCGUUAGGUCAGCUGCUUUGACCCGCAUUGAGUGAUAUUAAUGUUAUUCAAUGUUAAUCACAAUAAUAAUCAAAUAUACAGUUUAAUGAAUAGAUAAAUGAAAAUGUGAGCCAGUGAUAACGUAAUUUUAUAAAUAGGUUUAGUCGAGCUUUAAUAACUGUGCAGUGCUGUGAUACAAUUCGCAUUUAUUUUAAAUCUCUAAUAUAUAUAUUAUAUUUUGAACUUAAGCUAACAGUGUUGGUUGAGAUUAAUAGUUUACAAGGAUUAAGAAACCCCAUGGCCACUUGUUCCUGUUUAACGAUUCAGUAACCAAACUCGACAGAUAGAAAAUAAAUGGGUCGCAAGAAAGCGACGCCAGUGCCACCAGUGGCCAAUAGUAGAGGUACCAACACAACCGUACCAGAAAAUACAGGAGCUCCGGUUAUGACAGAACUCGAUAAUGUCACGCACGCACAGACAACUCCGCCAGCGGUUGGCAGCGACGUAGCCAGGGUGCAAGAUGGCGAAGUGGGCGGAGCUAGGAGACUUAGCGAUGCCAGCGCCAUCAGGCAGGAAGCGGGCGACGAAUUCCCAACGGGAAAUUCAAACGGAAACAUGACAAACGGACUAAGCAUGAAUGGAGAGCAAAAUGGGUGUACUUCCGGAAGAAUUCAGCAAAAUGGUAUUGGAGAAAAGACGCCUGGUAGAGAAUUGCUCGAGAAACGACGCAGGUUGAGGCCUAGUAUGUCUCAUGGCACUGGGUUGGGAAUCGACCCAUUGCUCGAACGCGAUUUUGCUGUUGCCACCCCCGAAGAAUUUGUUAAACGAUUCGGUGGAACGAAGGUUAUAAACAAGAUUUUAAUUGCUAACAAUGGUAUCGGUGCUGUAAAAUGUAUGAGAUCUGUCCGAAGGUGGUCCUAUGAAAUGUUCAAAAAUGAAAGAUCCAUCAGAUUUGUUGUUAUGGUUACGCCUGAAGAUUUGAAAGCAAAUGCAGAAUACAUAAAAAUGGCCGAUCAUUAUGUUCCUGUACCUGGAGGCUCAAAUAAUAACAAUUACGCAAAUGUAGAAUUAAUUUUAGAUAUUGCUAUAAGGACUCAAGUGCAGGCCGUGUGGGCUGGAUGGGGUCAUGCUUCUGAAAAUCCUAAAUUGCCUGAAUUAUUACAUAAACAAGGAUUAGUGUUUUUAGGACCUUCAGAACGCGCUAUGUGGGCGCUCGGUGACAAAGUCGCGUCCAGUAUCGUUGCCCAAACCGCAGAAGUUCCUACUUUGCCCUGGUCCGGCUCUGGUUUGAAGGCGCAGUACAGCGGGAAGAAAAUUAAAAUUUCUAGUGAAUUGUUUGCCAAAGGUUGUGUUAAUAAUGCGGAACAAGGUUUGAAAGCAGCCAUCAAAAUCGGUUUUCCUGUUAUGAUAAAAGCUUCUGAAGGCGGUGGUGGUAAAGGUAUCCGUAAAGUUGAUGGGCCAGAUGAUUUUCCAGCCCUAUUUAGACAGGUACAAGCUGAAGUUCCGGGUUCGCCAAUAUUUAUAAUGAAAUUGGCUAGCGGAGCUCGUCAUUUAGAAGUACAGUUGUUAGCUGAUCAAUACGGAAAUGCCAUAUCUUUAUUUGGAAGAGAUUGUUCCAUCCAGAGAAGACAUCAAAAGAUCAUUGAAGAAGCUCCUGCCGUUGUCGCAAAGCCUGAGGUCUUUGAAGAAAUGGAGAAAGCUGCAGUACGUCUAGCCAAAAUGGUGGGAUAUGUAAGUGCUGGAACUGUUGAAUACUUGUAUGACAUCACUGGGAAUUAUUACUUCUUGGAGUUGAAUCCGCGUCUUCAAGUAGAACAUCCAUGUACGGAAAUGGUUGCUGAUGUAAAUUUACCUGCCGCUCAAUUACAGAUUGGAAUGGGUAUACCAAUGCAUAGGAUAAAAGAUAUUCGUUUACUUUAUGGUGAAUCGCCUUGGGGUACUAGUGUUAUAGAUUUUGAAAAUCCUAGAAAUAAACCGCGUCCUUGGGGCCACGUUAUUGCUGCUAGAAUCACAUCUGAAAAUCCUGAUGAAGGUUUCAAGCCCAGUUCAGGAACAGUGCAAGAACUAAAUUUCCGUUCCAGCAAAAAUGUAUGGGGUUAUUUCUCUGUAGCUGCAUCUGGUGGACUUCAUGAAUUUGCCGAUUCACAGUUUGGUCAUUGUUUCUCAUGGGGUGAAAAUAGAAAUCAGGCUAGAGAAAAUUUGGUUAUAGCUUUAAAAGAAUUGUCAAUCAGGGGUGAUUUUCGCACAACAGUUGAAUAUUUAAUUACAUUAUUGGAGGCAAAGAGUUUUGUUGAUAAUAGUAUAGAUACCGCUUGGUUAGAUGCUUUAAUUGCUGAAAGAGUUCAAUCUGAGAAACCUGAUAUUCUUUUGGGAGUUAUUUGUGGAGCACUGCAUAUUGGGGAAAGAACAAUAGCUGAGUCAUUUAUGAACUUUCAAACUUCAUUAGAAAGAGGCCAAGUGCAAGGCUCGAAUACAUUAAAACAUAUAGUGGAAGUUGAAUUAAUUUCAGAAGGUUACAAAUAUAAAUUACAAGUAGCCAAGUGUGGCCCAAAUUCAUAUUUUCUCGUUAUGAACGGUUCAUUCAAAGAAAUCGAAGUUCAUCGAUUAAAUGAUGGAGGUAUGCUAUUGUCAAUUGACGGGGCAAGUUUCACGACAUAUAUGAAAGAAGAAGUUGAUAGGUACCGUAUCGUUAUCGGAAAUCAAACAUGUAUUUUUGAAAAGGAAAAUGAUCCUUCAAUGUUGAGAAGUCCUAGCGCUGGAAAGUUAAUCAAUUUGCUUUGUGAAGACGGCGGCCACGUCAAUAAGGGCCAACCAUAUGCUGAAAUUGAGGUUAUGAAAAUGGUAAUGACCUUAACGGCUUCAGAAGCAGGAAGUGUAGUUUUUGCCAAACGUCCAGGUGCAGUUCUUGACGCUGGUUCGUUAAUUGCACAUUUGGAACUAGAUGAUCCCAGUUUGGUUACCAAAGCUCAGCCUUAUAGAGGACCGUUUCCAGAAACAGACGGAAACAACGCUCCGGAAAAAUUGCAUAGGAUUCACAGCGGAUAUAAAGCAAUAUUGGAAAAUACUCUCGCAGGUUAUUGCUUGCCUGAUCCUUACAAUGCUCCUAGAUUAAGGGAGGUUAUUGAAAAGUUUAUGCAAAGUUUGCGUGAUCCCAGUCUGCCAUUGUUGGAAUUGCAAGAAGUAAUAGCCACAAUUUCCGGAAGAAUACCACUCUCAGUUGAGAAAAAGAUCAGAAAAUUGAUGAGUUUAUAUGAACGAAAUAUUACUAGUGUUCUGGCGCAAUUUCCUAGUCAGCAAAUCGCCAGCGUAAUUGAUAGUCAUGCAGCGACUUUGCAAAAACGUGCUGAAAGAGAUGUAUUUUUCCUAACCACACAAGGAAUUGUGCAAUUAGUACAAAGGUAUAGAAAUGGUAUCAGAGGUCGAAUGAAGGCUGCUGUGCAUGAACUUCUGAAACAAUAUUAUGCUGUGGAGAGUCAAUUCCAACAUGGUCAUUAUGAUAAAUGCGUAAUGGCUAUUCGUGAUAGAAAUAAAGAUGAUAUGGCAGCUGUUACAGCAACUAUUUUCUCACAUGGACAAGUUGCUAAGAAAAAUUUAUUAGUAACAUUACUUAUUGAUCAUUUAUGGUCUAAUGAACCGGGAUUGACUGAUGAACUAGCUACUACUCUGAGCGAACUCACAUCUCUGAAUAGGGCUGAACAUUCCAGAGUAGCUUUGAGAGCUAGACAGGUACUGAUUGCAGCGCAUCAACCUGCAUAUGAGCUCCGGCACAAUCAAAUGGAGUCGAUUUUCCUUUCUGCAGUCGACAUGUAUGGGCACGAUUUCCACCCUGAAAAUCUUCAGAAACUAAUACUCAGUGAAACUUCAAUUUUUGAUAUAUUGCAUGAUUUCUUCUAUCAUACAAAUAGGGCCGUUUGUAAUGCUGCAUUAGAAGUUUAUGUUAGGAGAGCGUAUAUUAGCUAUGAAUUGACGUGUUUACAGCAUCUUGAACUCAGUGGAGAAGUCCCAUUAGUUCAUUUCCAAUUUUUACUACCUUCUGCACAUCCUAAUAGAUUGCCUGUUGAUGGAAAUAUGGAAACAAAUCAAGCUGUGUCAGCAUAUGACUUUCAACGAACUGGGUGUAUGGCAGCAUUUGAUUCUUUUGCUCAUUUUGAACAAUAUGCUGAUGAAAUUUUGGAUUUGCUAGAAGAUUUCUCAAGCCCUGCAUACAUUAACGCAAAGGUAAUGGAGGCUGUGGAUAGCGUUUCAGAAGAUAGAAAUUCAACAUCUAUUAAUGUUAGUUUAUCCGAACCAACAACAAGGCCGGCUUCUGAUUUACCAGAGCCUAAGGAACCAAUGCAUAUAUUGAGUGUUGCUUUGCGGGACGUAGGAGAUUUAGACGAUAUGCAAAUGUCUCGAUUAUUUGCCGAGUUCUGUGAAAAGCACAAAGAAGAGUUAGAGGAACGAAAAGUACGAAGAAUAACAUUUGCUGCUCUCAAACGACGCCAGUUUCCAAAGUUCUUUACUUAUCGUCAUCGCGAUGACUUCCAAGAAGAUAGAAUCUACCGACAUUUAGAACCAGCUUGCGCCUUCCAAUUAGAAUUAAACCGUAUGCGUUCCUAUGACUUGGAAGCACUGCCGACUGCCAACCAAAAGAUGCAUUUGUAUCUUGGGAAAGCCAAAGCUCCUCCAGGACAAGAAGUCACUGAUUAUAGAUUCUUUAUCAGAUCAAUUAUACGGCAUUCAGAUUUGAUUACAAAGGAAGCCUCAUUCGAAUAUUUACAAAAUGAAGGGGAACGUGUGUUACUAGAAGCGAUGGACGAGUUGGAAGUUGCUUUUUCACAUCCUCAAGCCAGGAGAACCGAUUGCAAUCAUAUAUUCUUAAAUUUUGUACCAACUGUUAUUAUGGAUCCUGCAAAAAUAGAAGAGUCUGUUACUAAAAUGGUCAUGCGGUAUGGCCCACGUUUAUGGAAAUUGAGAGUUUUACAAGCAGAAUUAAAAAUGUUUAUAAGGGCGAAUCCAUCUGCCCCCACAACUUCUAUAAGACUCUGUCUGGCAAAUGACAGUGGUUACUUCUUAGAUAUCUCAAUGUAUACUGAAGUAACAGAUCCAGAAACAGGUAUUAUCAAAUUUAUGGGCUAUGGUGGCCGACUUGGAUCUCUACAUGGCCUACCUAUUUACACACCAUAUCUUACCAAAGAUUACCUUCAACAAAAACGUUUCCAAGCUCAAUCAAAUGGAACUACUUAUGUUUACGAUAUUCCUGACAUGUUCCGUCAAAUGACAGAGCGUCUUUGGAAAGAAUACUCAAGAGCACGACCCCACGAAGAUGUUGUUAUACCUGAUAAAAUAUUAGAAGAAUGUGUGGAAUUGGUGGUUUCAGGAGAUAAACUUGUAGAACAAAAACGUCUUCCUGGUGAAAACGAUUGUGGUAUGGUUGCUUGGAGAAUAAAAUUAUGUACACCAGAGUUUCCCAAAGGACGUGAGAUGAUUCUUAUUUCUAAUGACAUAACUUAUUUGAUUGGUUCAUUUGGUCCUAAGGAAGAUAUUGUUUACGGAAAAGCUUCAGAACUAGCGCGAAAACUAAAAAUUCCAAGAAUUUAUAUCUCUGCAAACAGUGGUGCUAGAAUAGGAUUAGCAGAAGAAGUGAAGAGUUUGUUCAAGGUAGCAUGGGAAGAUGUUGAUGAACCAGAUAAAGGAUUUAAAUAUUUAUAUUUGACACCAGAAGAUUAUAGUAAAUUAAGUCCAUUUAAUUCUGUAAGAGCUAUCUUGAUUGAGGAUGAUGGAGAACCAAGGUAUAAAAUAACAGAUAUAAUUGGUAAAACUGAUGGCCUAGGUGUGGAAAAUUUGAGAUAUGCUGGUAUGAUUGCUGGUGAAACAUCAGCUGCUUAUGAAGAGAUUAUCACAAUAUCCAUGGUAACUUGCAGAGCAAUUGGAAUUGGUUCUUAUGUUGUUCGUCUUGGACAAAGAGUCAUACAGAUUGAAAAUUCUCAUAUUAUUCUGACUGGUUAUUCAGCACUUAACAAGCUCCUGGGUCGAGAAGUAUAUGCAUCAAACAAUCAAUUGGGGGGUAUCCAAAUCAUGCACAAUAAUGGAGUUUCACACAAUACUGAAGCAUUAGAUCUAGAUGGUGUUUAUAGAAUUUUGAGCUGGUUGAGCUAUAUGCCUGACAAGAGGGGAGGAACUUUGCCUAUCGUCAUUCCCAGUGAUCCUAUUGACAGAGAUGUUGGCUAUAUUCCUACCAAAGCUCCAUAUGAUCCUCGAUGGAUGUUAGCGGGCAGAGAAAAUCCUACCAAACCAGGAGAAUGGGAGAGUGGAUUCUUUGAUAAGGAUUCUUGGUCUGAAAUAAUGGCUCCUUGGGCACAAACUGUUAUUACAGGAAGAGCACGCCUGGGAGGAAUACCUGUUGGUGUUAUUGCUGUGGAAACUCGUUCUGUUGAAGUAACAUUGCCUGCUGACCCAGCUAACCCAGAUUCCGAAUCUAAAACAGUUGCCCAAGCUGGACAGGUAUGGUUUCCUGAUAGUGCUUAUAAAACAUCACAAGCCAUUCGCGACUUCUCACGUGAAGAACUUCCUCUCAUCAUCUUUGCUAACUGGCGUGGAUUCUCUGGAGGAAUGAAAGAUAUGUACGAGCAAAUAGUCAAGUUUGGUGCUUAUAUUGUUGAUGGAUUAAGGGAAUAUAAACAACCUGUUUUAAUUUAUUUGCCGCCAAAUGGUGAGUUACGUGGUGGUGCUUGGGCUGUAUUAGAUCCUUCAAUCAAUCCUCAAAAAAUGGAAAUGUAUGCCGAUCCUGAUGCCCGAGGCGGUGUUUUAGAGCCUGAAGGAAUUGUUGAAAUUAAGUUCAGACAGAAGGAUAUUAUCAAAACAAUAGAUCGGUUAGAUCCUAUUGUUACAGAUUUGCGAAGCAAAAUGAAGACUGUUUCCGAUGCGGAGGAACUAGCCAAACUGGAAAAAGAUAUACGAGAUAGACAAAAACGAUUAUCAGCUGCUUAUCACCCUGUUGCCGUACAUUUUGCAGAUCUACAUGAUACUCCAGAACGGAUGUUAGAGAAGGGAGCUAUUCUGGACAUAAUAGCGUGGCGUGGAUCUCGUUGUGCAUUAUAUUGGCGUUUGAGAAGGCUUUUAUUAGAACAAAGCAUGCUAAACGAAUUACAGAUUCUUCAACCAGAGUUAGGCACCGGACAAGCUCAAGCAAUGCUGAGAAGAUGGUAUAUAGAAGACAAAGGUGCAACAGAGGCUUAUCAGUGGGAAAACAAUAAAGCUGUUGUAAAAUGGCUGGAAUCACAACAAAGCUCUAAUUCAAUUGUAAAAAGAAAUUUAACAUGUGUGAAAAAGGAUGCCAUAAUAAGCCAAAUCAAAAAAUCUCUACUCGACUGUCCGGAGAUGGCCUUGGAUGCUGUGGUAGGUUUGUGUCAGGCUUUGAAUCCAGCCCAUCGUGCUGAAGUUGUUCGAACGCUAUCACAAAUUACUAUGACUGAACAACAAGAAACAGGCCCAACAGUAAAUAUGCAGGAAUUAAAAUUAAACUGAUUAUCAACAGAUCAUAGCAAUACUUGUUCAAAUUGGUAUAUGAAUGUGUAGAAAGUAUGCAAUUGAAGGAUGUUCAACCAAAAAGUAAACCCCCUUAAAAAAACCCUGGCAAAACAUUCAAGUUUGUAUAUAUAAAAUCUUCUUAUUCAAGAAUGCUAGUUAGCAUGAAAAAUUGAGGUGACAACAAGCGUAAGAAACUUUUGUUUUACAAAACUAUGAAAUAUGUCUACUUAGCAACUUUUGACUAUGAAUAAUUUUUAAAUGUUGACCAAAAAUUAUUAUUUUAUUGUAUAUAUAUAUAUUUUUUAAAUCCCACAUCUUGUAUGUAAUAAUUGUAUAUUUAAUUAUGGUCUGGUGAAGUGUAAUCUGAAGAUUCAUUAUAAAUUGAUAAUUAUUUUGAUAUUAAUUUUAGUUUAGAGUUAGUAUAAUGCUGUGUCGAAUAGUAAUAAAUCAGUAAAUUAAUUUAA